CUGAAAAAUUAUAAAUCUGAUCCUCUUUUUCUCACUUGAAACAAAUAGACCAAACCACUACACUAUACUACUAAAGCCAUAGACAUGGUUAACGAUUUAGUUCUGCUAGAUUACUGGGCGAGUCCUUAUGCUGUGAGGGUGAAAAUAGCACUACAAGAAAAGGGUAUUACAAACUACGAAUGUCGUGAGGAGGAUUUGCUGAAUGCUAAAAGCUCACUUCUUUUCGAGAUGAACCCGGUUUACAAUCGUAUUCCGGUUUUAAUACACAAUGGUAAACCGGUUUGCGAGUCACUCCUGAUUGUAGAGUACAUUGAUGAGAUUUGGAAGGAGACAUCUCCAAGUUUGUUACCUGUUGAUCCUUAUGACAGGGCUCGAGCUCGCUUUUGGGCUGAUUUUGCCGAUAAAACGUUCAUCACGCAUGUACGCAAGUUAUGGAGGCAAAAAGACGAAAUUAAGGAGGAUGAAAAGAAGGAAUUCAUAAAAUGGGUAAAGAUGUUGGAAGAGGAACUUGGAGAAAAGCCUUAUUUUGGAGGCAAUAACUUUGGAUAUUUGGACAUCGCACUAAUUCCAAAUUAUAGCUGGUUUUACUCCUAUCAGACUUCCACCAAAUUGAACGUAGCUGCCGACUGUCCUAAAUUCAUUGCAUGGGUUAAAAGAUGUAUGGACAGGGAUAGUGUCAAAAAAUCUUUACCUAAUGAGGUUAAAAUCUAUCAAUAUGUUCUCCAACUAAAGGAAAGAUUCACCACAUGAUUUACCACAAUAGCUACUCCAUCUGGGUAUAAACAAAAUUCGAUAUCUGAUUUUGGGUAUCACGUAGCUUUAAUUAAAACUCACUACAUUCUACCUUAUGUGUUAGUUUUUUUCUUGUACUAUGUAAACUCUUCUUAAUAAUAAUAUUGAUAAAGCUUAUGUGAAAAGAAUGAAUCAAUAAAUUAUUGAGUUUAAUGGA